GUCCGCUUCUUGGGACUUCCUCAGGCUAAAGGCCAUAGCAUGCAGGAUUUCAUGGACUUCGUGGAGCUCCCUCAACACGGAAUAAGGUGGCGCUGGCCGCGACGUUUCGUCCGCUUCUUGGGACUUCCUCAGGCUAAAGGCCAUAGCAUGCAGGAUUUCAUGGACUUCGUGGAGCUCCCUCAACACGGAAUAAGGUGGCGCUGGCCGCGACGUUUCGUCCGCUUCUUGGGACUUCCUCAGGCUAAAGGCCAUAGCAUGCAGGAUUUCAUGGACUUCGUGGAGCUCCCUCAACACGGAAUAAGGUGGCGCUGGCCGCGACGUUUCGUCCGCUUCUUGGGACUUCCUCAGGCUAAAGGCCAUAGCAUGCAGGAUUUCAUGGACUUCGUGGAGCUCCCUCAACACGGAAUAAGGUGGCGCUGGCCGCGACGUUUCGUCCGCUUCUUGGGACUUCCUCAGGCUAAAGGCCAUAGCAUGCAGGAUUUCAUGGACUUCGUGGAGCUCCCUCAACACGGAAUAAGGUGGCGCUGGCCGCGACGUUUCGUCCGCUUCUUGGGACUUCCUCAGGCUAAAGGCCAUAGCAUGCAGGAUUUCAUGGACUUCGUGGAGCUCCCUCAACACGGAAUAAGGUGGCGCUGGCCGCGACGUUUCGUCCGCUUCUUGGGACUUCCUCAGGCUAAAGGCCAUAGCAUGCAGGAUUUCAUGGACUUCGUGGAGCUCCCUCAACACGGAAUAAGGUGGCGCUGGCCGCGACGUUUCGUCCGCUUCUUGGGACUUCCUCAGGCUAAAGGCCAUAGCAUGCAG